GAUAUCCUGGUUUUCGGGGAUGGGAUGUUUCCUGUGGCUCCACUUAACCUCCUUCUGGUCGUUCUUUAGUAUGGAAGUCGAAAUGUUAAUGUGCCCUGCCCCCCGCUAGCAGCCCCCCGCCUGGGCAUGUUGGGGAGGUUAUUUCCCCUCUUUCAUUUGUGCUUUUCUUCCCUGCUCUUUCUGGUGGACUUAGGGCGGGAGGUUGCAUGCAGAUGUGUCUGUCCUGCCUGAAAGCAGGCUGGACUUCGCUGGCAGAGGUGUUCCACAUUCUGACCACUCUAACCCCAGAGCACUGCUACAAGUGAGAAGCUGGCACUUGGAGACGGAUGGGGAUAACCCCUGACUUGACAAUCUGCUUCAUCUUGAUUCUGCAGCAUUCCAAACUGUGGUAUCCUUGGGGUUCUCUUAACAUUGCUAUGGUGCAGAAGAUUUAAAAUCAGCUGAUGUUCACAAGGAAUAGAGUCACGUGAUGUAUGAAGGGAAACAUAUACACUUCUCUGAGGUUGACAAUAAGCCCUUGUGCUCAUAUAGCCCCAAACUGUGCAAGCAGCGGCGACUCAACGGCUACGCUUUCUGUAUCAGACACGUUCUGGAGGACAAGACUGCCCCCUUCAAGCAAUGUGAAUAUGUGGCCAAGUAUAACAGCCAGCGCUGCACCAACCCCAUCCCCAAAUCCGAGGACCGCAGGUACUGCAACAGCCACUUGCAGGUACUUGGCUUUAUCCCGAAAAAAGAGAGGAAGAAAAAGAAUGAUCCUAUAGAUGAGGUGAAGGUCAGGCACCAGAUGGAUACCAUGGCCUUUAGCCUGACGGUGCCCACGCUGGCCUUGAAGAUGCCCAAUGGACUGGAUGGAAUGUCCCUCUCUCCACCGGGGGCAAGGGUCCCUCUCCACUACCUGGAAACCGAGUUGGAAGACCCCUUUGCUUUCAACGAGGAAGACGAUGACCUAAAGAAAGGGGCAACUGUGAGAAAGAAGUUGCAGAGCAAGUUGGCCCAGAAUCGGCAGUGCCAGAGAGAGACAGAGAUUUUAAAAGUUCGACAAGAGCACUUUAGUCCCCCUCCUGCACCUUCUCAGCAGCAGCCUCCGCAGCCGCACUCCCGCCUGUCACCUUUGUCCACUUCUUUAAAACCUCCACCGCCACCGCAGGGUUUAGUCUGCAAGUCACCUCAACCUCAGAACACCAGCCUACCAAUGCAGGGAGUGGCCCCCACCACGCACACUAUAGCACAAGCGAGGCAGUUGUCCCACAAGAGGCCUCUGCCCCUCCUGCCAUCCAGUAGGGCUCCCAUCGUGGACCCCCCCAGGACUGACCGGGUCCUUAUGAAAGCCACCGCCUUCUCUCCACACUUCUCCUGUAUAAGUCGACUGCAGAGACUGAUGAAACUGUGUACCCAGAAACAUCAGUUGGACACUGAUCUGUUUCCCCAUCUAGGUUUAGACUGGUCUGAAGAGAGUGGAGAAGAGCUGGAGGACUCAGAGCAGGCCUCACCCUACCAGGUUGCCUGGUCCAUCCGAGAGACCCUCAGAUACGGAAGACACACGUCGGAUGAUGAUGACACGGAGAGUAGGAGCUCCAGGGUGACCCAACUUUGCACUUACUUUCAGCAGAAAUAUAAGCACCUCUGCCGCCUGGAGCGGGCAGAAUCUCGGCAAAAGAAAUGCCGGCACACGUUUAGGAAGGCCUUGCUGCAGGCGGCCAGUAGAGAGCCAGAAGGUACUGGCCAGUUGAUCCAAGAACUGCAGAGAGCUGCAUGCAGUCGAACCAGCAUAAGCCGGACCAAGUUGAAGGAGGCAGAGCCGGCAUCAUGCAGUGGGACCGUGAAGGGUGAACAGUGCCCCAACAGGGCCCUUCCAUUCACCAGACACUGUUUCCAACAUAUCCUCUUGAACCGCUCCCAGCAACUAUUCUCAAGUUGCACGGCCAAGUUUGCAGAUGGACAGCAGUGCUCUGUGCCCGUUUUUGACAUUACACACCAGACGCCUCUGUGUGAAGAACAUGCCAAAAAAAUGGAUAAUUUCUUAAGAGGAGAUAGCUCCCGUAAAGUUCAGCACCAGCAGCAGAGGAAACCCAGGAAAAAAACCAAGCCUCCUGCGCUUACCAAAAAACACAAGAAGAAGAGAAGGCGUGGACCUCGUCGACCCCAGAAACCCAUCCCCCCUGCAGUCCCCCAGGGGAACCUCAGCAUGCCCACCAGCGUCUCACUGCCAGUGGAGGCCUCUCAGAUCCGGAGCCCAUCCACGCCAGAGCUGAGUGCUGAUGAGUUGCCAGAUGACAUUGCCAAUGAGAUCACCGACAUUCCACAUGACUUGGAAUUGAACCAGGAGGACUUUUCAGACGUCCUGCCACGGCUACCUGAUGACUUACAAGAUUUUGAUUUUUUUGAAGGAAAGAACGGAGACCUCCUCCCCACCACCGAAGAGGCUGAGGAACUUGAACGGGCCUUGCAGGCCGUGACUUCUCUCGAGUGCCUGAGUACCAUUGGGGUGCUCACCCAGUCAGAUGGUGUGCCCGUCCAGGAGUUGUCAGAUAGAGGAAUAGGGGUUUUCUCCACAGGGACUGGAGCGUCAGGAAUUCAGUCCUUGAGCCGAGAGGUAAAUGCAGACCUGGGGGAGCUGUUGAAUGGGCGGAUCGUACACGACAAUUUUUCUAGUCUAGAGCUGGACGAGAACCUGCUCCGUUCUGCUACCUUGUCUAACCCACCUACACCCCUGGCAGGGCAGAUCCAGGGGCAGUUCUCUGCCCCAGCCAACGUUGGCCUUACUUCUGCCACUCUGAUCAGCCAGAGUGCACUUGGGGAGAGAGCCUUCCCAGGACAGUUUCAUGGACUUCAUGAUGGCAGCCAUGCCUCCCAGAGGCCACAUCCUGCCCAGCUGCUGAGCAAGGCAGAUGACCUAAUCACCUCACGACAGCAAUACAGCAGUGAUCAUUCACACUCCUCACCCCAUGGAAGCCAUUAUGAUAGCGAGCAUGUGCCGUCUCCCUACAGUGACCAUAUCACCUCUCCCCACACAACAUCUUACUCGGGUGAUAAUAUGGCAGCUACCUUUUCAGCAGAGAUGCCCAUCAUGGCGCAGCACUUGCUCCCAACCCAACUUGAGGUGCCACUUGGAGGAGUCGUGAACCCCAGAACUCACUGGGGCAAUCUCCCUGUCAACCUUGGAGAUCCCUCUCCAUUUAGCAACCUUCUCGGCGCAGAUGGACAUCUUCUUUCCACUUCCCUAUCCACGCCACCCACCACUUCGAACUCAGAGACCACACAGCCUGCCUUCGCCACCGUGACCCCCAGCAGCUCCAGCGUGCUUCCGGGGUUACCGCAGACCAGCUUCAGUGGCAUGGGGCCUUCUGCUGAACUCAUGGCCUCCACCUCUCCCAAGCAGCAACUCCCUCAGUUCAGCGCAGCCUUCGGCCACCAGCUGAGUUCUCACAGUGGCAUUCCUAAGGACCUGCAGCCCAGCCACAGCUCUAUAGCCCCUCCUACAGGCUUCACAGUAACAGGUGCCACAGCUACAAGUACCAAUAAUGCGUCUUCUCCCUUUACCUCCCCUAACUGAGCGUGUCUGUGUGUUUGCAGGCAGGUGGGGAACCUGGUGUUUUCUAUCUUUUUUUUCCUCUUUAUCACCCCUCCCCCCUUUUCCUAAAGAAGAUUUUAAACAUAACAGGCGGGGACUAGAGGAGAACUCCCUUUUCCAGUUGAACAAGUCGCCCUGCAGCGGACCUCGCCUCAGUGUUCACAUGUGCUCCUGCGCACUGGUGCUCAUUCCCUCCUGGCAGGUCCGCUCUCCCGCCGUGGUUUCCUUAGUGGCUCAGCACAGUGACUGGAUAGAAUCGAUUUUUAGCAGCAAGUCCUAGAAGUGGAAGAUACCUCAGAUUACCAGUGCCCUUUACUAUUUCCUAGUAUUCAGAUCAGUGCUUUCCAUUCUAUUAACAGGUCUUUACAUGGGUGGUUCUAGGGAGAAUGGUCCUGUUCAUCGAGUUCCUGUGUAAGAGAGAGCAAAUGGCUGUGGAGGCAGAUCGGGGCCCUGGUUGGGCGCCAACUGCCGAACACCACAUGAGGCCAGGAUUCCAUUCCUAAUUGUGAUCACGUUUAAUUAAAAAGAAAAAAAUUAGUCUUUUGACUGCCUGUGUGUAUGUGUGCGCCCACGCGUGUGUCUUUGUGCAGGGCAGGAAGCAGCUGUCCCAUUGUUAUUUUGUUUUCCUAAUGAGUAGAAGGCUCUUCUCCUUUCCCACAUCUCACAACCCUAACAAGGUCGGUCAUUCUUUCCCACUGAGUUAACUGAGUUUCCUGAAGGGAGAGGGUGGUGGUCUGGUGGCAUGAAUAGCACAACCCUUUUCUGCUGAGUUAGCCCAGAACACAAAAAGCUGAAUUCACGUCAGUGCCCUGCGGAUGUCGUGAAAAGCUUGCCUGGAGUGACUGCGGGGUUGCUGCAAUUCUGAGGUCUGGUGGUUGGUAAUACUGCCUUUCUAGACAUGCAUUUGUUUCUAAAUCCCUCUCCCAUGGAGUACAUUUGCAAGAUGUAAUUAAAGAAAAUAUUUUGAUGUGAAAACCAGGAUAGGUCAGAUAGAUUUGGAAAGAUGAGAUCUGUAAACUCCUUGAUCCAUCUUUUGCUUUUGAAUUUUUCAUGUUUACAGUAGUGACUCUUUGGUAAGAUUUGUAAAAUGUUGAAGACACUUGUAGAAUCAAUGUACCAGUUGUGAAGUGAUGUGUAAUACCUGAAGGAUACACAUUUUAAAGUUUCUUUCAAGGCAGAAUAUGGAAAUUAGACAUAAAUUUUACCUACCCUUUGGUACUUUUAAAAUAAUUUUAAGUACUUAGGUUUAAGUUUUGGGAAAAGUUUUUCAAAGUACCAGAAUUUUAGGGUUAAAAAUCAUACUGGGUAGUUUAGUAAGUUGGUGACUAUGGAAUGAAUAUGUGAGGUUUCUUUGUACCUGCCUUCUCCCCACUGCUUUCCCCCAGGGCGGAACUAGAUUUUCAAAGCAUCUGUACUCUGCUUUUGCUGAGAAGUUUCACUGUCCCCUGAGAUACCAUUGGCUAUUUAUACCUGAGUCUAGUCUAAUUUACAUAUAUAUAUUUUAAAAGAUGAGUAGAGAGAACAUAUCUAUUGAUGAUGUGAUAUAAUAAUUCAUUUGUCAGGGAAUAUUUGAUCUUAAUUCCUUUUCAAUAGGUAAAGAUUUGGAUGUAUUUUCCUAUUUCCUGUACGUAGUCUCUUUAUGUCAUGCUAAUUCUAACCAGUCCCUUCUUUUGAAAGCUUUUCUUUCUCUGCUUUUUAAAGGAAUGAUGGUAAUCAGCAGGCAUUAUGCAGAUACCACGUGCCUGAGAUUAUGGAGGGGAAAUGUCACAUGACUGUAUGAAAUCAUUAUAUGCCCUAUUUUGUAUUUAUUGAAGUUUCUUUUUGUGGGCCAAAAAUAUGUAAUAUAUUUAGUUUUUUUUUAAUCAUGAUAAUUGAUUGGAAGAUUUAUUUUUUAAUAGCUUUGCCUUUUUUGCAGAUUGAGAAAUUUCUAAAUUAUAAAUUAUGUCACAAAGCAAAAUUAUAUUUGGUAGCACCAUAAAUCUAUUCCGAAUGGUGAGAACAGAUAAUUUGAAUAUUUCUCACCUGUGAACCUAUGUUGGUAAGCUUUUUUAUUUUAAUGUACUGUAAUGAAAUGAUUAUGAGUAGUUACCUCUGCUCAGAAGUGUCAUUUGGUUUGCUGAACUCUUUCACAUCCCACUAGAAUCAUCACGUGAUAACUGUCCAUUCCCAGUGAUUGGAUUUCGUCUCCAUUGAGUACUAAUUAAAGGUCGUAGCAGAGCAGCCCAUUGACUUUCUUUUUUAUUGAGGUAAAAUUGGUGUAUGCACAUCGACUUUCUUUGACAACGAAGGGAAAGUCAUGGGAUGUCGAUUUGAACCUUUCUGGCUAUUUGUCCCUCAUGGUAGCUGCUUAAAAUUCUUCAGUUAUCAAAACUGAGUUUGCAGUAAGUUGCACAUUUUAUCGUUUGCAAUUUUCUGUUUUCUGUGCAUUUUUAAGCCCUUUUCUGCUUUCUAGUAAGGAGGCAUGAAAUGAUCAGGAAUGUUGCCAGUUACAGCUUCACACCAAAAACUUUGAGUAAAUUCAUUUUUGUUUAGAUGCCCACAGUGAUAGCUGAAGACAGGGCACCUGUAGAAAGUACCAGUGUAGGUUUGAGGAACUAGCAAAAAACAAAUUUUUCCUCUCAUUUCAUCUACUUCAAAACAAACAUCCGAGCUUGCGAUUUGCGUUGCUCUUGCUGUUUCUUGUGAGUCCCUUUUGGGAAGACAGAGGGACAUCUGAGAACUCGGAGGUACCCGUUACGUUUUCCUUUGGCUAACGGGGCAGUCCUAGUCUAGUAGUAGUAGACUGGCCGUUAUUUUGUAAGGAAAGGAAUGAAGUGUCUUUUACUCCAGAAAUAUGAAAAUUACUGUCUUUUAAAAUAGCACUUAUGCUAUAAUAAGGCAAUACUGGAAUCAAAAAGAAAUUUUAUAUAAGGUUCUAAUUAGGUGGAAACUAGCUUUCAUUCUAGUGUUAAACUCCUGGGAAAUAGUGGCAAAGAAGGUUCACUCUGUUUCUGCAGUUCUUUGGGACCAUUUAUAAAGGCCAGUUAGGUUGUGUUAAUGUGAUUUAAUUUACAGAGUUGCUGCAGUUAAUGGAUACAUUCUGUGCUCUGAGAAUCUGAAUUCCAUUCUAAUGUGUAAUACCCACUGGCUGUGAUCUAUAGCAUCCGAAGGAAAGAUGUGUUUUUCUCCUCCACACUCUACAUAAUUGUUAAUAUUAUUUUAAUUAAAGUACUUAAGACAUUGUUUUUCCUCUGUACAAAUGGCUUAGCAAUUUGCACAUCUGGGUAGGUUAUGUAGCUAGUAAACAGUUCACGAUAGUAAAUAGCAAUUAAACUCAACCCACCAAGUGACAGACUAUGCAAUGGAAAAAUGUUCCAAUUAUCGUCGCAUAGCUUAUAUGGCAAAGGAUGAUUUUCUCCAGUAACCUGCCCUGUGAGAUAGGACUGCUUCACGAAUGCUUUCCUGAGCAAUUUUGCAUUGGCAGGCAGUGUGGUGUGUCUAGUGCCCCUCCAUGAAAAGAGGAUAAUUUAAUGAGAAGCAAAUAGUAGGCAUGGAGAUACUGUUAGGAAAUUGUUUUUUUCUUUUUCUUAAAGUUGUAGUUGCUCUCUUGAGCGGUUUAAGGCUAAUGAAAGCUAGUACUUUAUCUUUGCCAAAUAAUUAUUUAUAAGAUUUAUUUUUAAAAUAAGCCCAACCUCUCAACUGCAAGUUAAGAGUCAUCAUUUUCUGUGACUAACACUAAAGCUUUUCCUUACCAGAGCGCGUUCGCAGUCCAUGAUCACGAUCCAGAGAGACAAAGACAGUUCUUUGAUUCGGAAGGAGAUGAUGUCCAUGAUACACACAGCUGCCCUAGCAGCUUCUUACGUGAAACAAUUUUAUUCUUGUGUGAAAAAUGUAUUUCUAUUGACCUGCACCGUUGGGCGUUUGUCAUUUGGGAAUUUGAGCCUGUGUAGGUCGCGCCCACCUGUGAGUUCGCUGAGUCUUGCCUGCAGUCCUUUCUGUGCGCCUGCGACGCAGGGGUGCUGAUGUGGCUGACAGACCUCACCAGCAAUGUUUGUGGGAGGCAGUCACCUUUUCUCCAAGUUAGUUCAAGAGGUGGCUGUGGAUUGGCAUUGCAAAAGGAUGAGGAUGUGAAUAACACUAAACGAAUUACUGCAAGCUAAUAGGUUUGAAAUUCAUUUAAAAUUUGUUUAGGUGUCUAGUUUCCGGUUUCUUCAUCCUGUUUCUUUUUAGCCUUUUAACAUUCUAUUCAAUUCUAUUUUUAAUCUAGUUAUAUAUAGACUAAUAUAAUGGUCUUCUAAAUGGUCAACAGAACUCUGCAGUUUAAUGAGGCAAUUUAAAGGAUUCCUUGAAAGAAAAUGGAGUCAUACUGAAUCUUUCAUCACAAAUAUCUAUACCUACAUCGCUCCAAGGACUUUUUUUUUUCCUGACAAGAAACACAUUUCUUCAGAAUGGGGUGGGGAGGGAAUAUGUAUAUGAUAGAACAGAGGUUUUUUUUUCCUCUCAAUACAUUGAAAACAAUUGAAUUUUUGGAGGCAUUCUAUGGAAAGGUAAACAAUGUAACGACUUCUUUAUAUCUUGAACUUGAUAAACUUCCCAGUAUCAUAUUCUGGAGGGACCCAAAAAUCCAUGUUUAGUAAAUUGAAGUAACAUUUUUAAAAUACUGUCUUUCAAAAGAUGUGUAAUAAGAUAUCAGGGAAGAACAUGUUUGGAUAUCUGUUAAGCAUCUUCUUCUGAGCAGUGAGUUAGGAAAGAAAACAUAAAACGUAAAUGAAUAACUGUAUCUCUCCUAAUAAUCAAUGUCCUUAGUGCAAAAAUUGUGGGUCAAACUUAGCCUUAUUUCUAAACAGCAAAAAUUCUCUUUUCACUCCAGCUCUUACUUUUUGUUAGCUGUCUUCUCUCUGCACUGUAAUACAGAGCCAAUAAAAGAAACGUGGCAUUUCAGAGAGAGAGAGCAAAUUCGGUGUGACUUUCUGUCCCCCAGGUUCCCAGAUCUUGGCAAUGUUUGGCUACUUUGAAUGGCAGGGUUUUGGUGAUCUAAAGUUUAGUCUGAAAAACAGGCUUAUGAGAGAAAACCUGUCUUACUCUUAGCAGCCGUGGAGGGCCCCACAGCUCUCCUUCCAUUUUUCCCUUCUGCCUGCUUGCCCGGCCCACCCCCAGCCCUGCAGUAUGCACGCGUACACCUGUGAUCUGUACUGCUCCUGGCCCAAGAGUAGUAGAAUCCUUUUCUUUCACUUGUUUUUUGUUUUUGUUUGUUCUUUAAGCUGGGGACCACUGAAGUAAGCUCUAUAUGCACCCAAAAUUCCCCUUGGAAAAAUUUUCAACAUGCAGUGCAGAAGGCUCCAGUGCAGCUAAGUGCCACCCUUGCUUUUACUGGGGGAAUAGGCUGAUUUGCCCUGAAAUGACUCCACCCUGCAUCGUUAAAGUACAGUUGGCUCCAGCUGAUGAGUGUGGAAGGGCUGGGAAGUUUGGUACUUGUGAUGUUGUCUUCAUCUGCUUGGAAGGGUUGAAUCAGUUCCUCUCAACAGUGAUAGUUCUUUUCACUGUAUAGUGUUGAGUAUGUCUCAGGGAUUCCUUGUGGAAAUUAGGGCAGUUUUUGAAAUAAGAAAAUAGUUUUAAAAGAAACUAAAGGUGACUCAUCAUUGACGAGAGCGCAAGAGAGAGAGAACAUUUGGUUUCGUAGCCCACGGGGUCUUGCAUGGGACUCUUCCUUCUCCUUCAUGCUCUCAUCUCAGCCUCAGCAUACAGAAUCCUUUCCCACCACGCACAGCUUUAAAACUUUUAUUUAAAAAUUUCCUUCCCCAAUGAGCUUUCAGAAUACUUAUUGUAGAUUUUAAGAGAAAAGGUAUAUUAAUUUAUGCUAUUAACAUCACCUCAUAAAUUAUAAGUUUUAUACUAAAGCUGUAUUGAGUGUAAUGAAUUAUGUUGCCUAUGUGUUUAAUAGCUAAAAAAAUUAUAUAUGAGCUUUUUUUUUUUUUUUUUGACAAAACAAACUAGUGAAGCACCUUUUUACACUGGAUCUCUGCCGUGUCAAGGUGUAUAGCUAUCCUUUGCUACCUUGCAGAUAUAUGAAAUAAAAGGAUAUCCUGGGGCCUCAAAAUGUAGGACACCUUUAGACCAUUUAUUAUUGCUCAUAGAACUGUCGAGAAUCAUGUUUCUUUAGUAAAUGAUCUGUGGUUUACACUUAAGAUGGCUAGAAGCUUAGUCACAGGGUAAAUAGAAAUACAUAGAUCAAGUAAACUCCCAACUACUGUAGCUGGAAUUUGUAAACUAAGUUUUUAAGACCUCUUCUGUUUCCUAUGGAUUUAUUCUUUAAUUUGCAGUUUAUUCUGUAAGUUGGGAAGUAAAAUAGAGAAAAUAAUAAAUCUAGAUAUUCUCAGUGUCUUAUUCAGGAACUUUUUAUCCCUCCUCACUAAGGAAUUCCCACUGUGACUUAAAAAUAGAAUUAAAUUCCUUGUGUGCAUGUAUAUGUCUGUGUUUUUACACACAUGCAAAAAUAUACAUUGGGGGAAUGUGUGUGAGAGAGAUGAAUGUGUGCUUAGGCAAAAAUAGAAGGGUAACGGGAUGUAUUGUAGAACUAUGGUUUAUUUAGUUGAGGGUAUUGGAGUUCCUCUCUCAUCGUCUCUGUUGUAUAAAUACACCAAAUUCUUCAUUAUGUUAUCUUAUGUUAAAAGGCUAGCUCUGAUAUCAUGUGCAUUUUAUUUUAACCUUUUGAUUUCCUUAUAUUAUGCUAUGUUUUUAAAGUGACAUGAGAAACAGCAGGUUGUAAGACCAGCCUCUUGCUUUUGAGCAUAAAAAUAAGAGCAAAAGAGAGAAACAGACCUGGACAUAAGCUGUGUUUUUCUGUUGGGGUGGUGGGACCAGAGAUCAGCUGAACCCUUUUUUUUUUUUAUGUUAAUAAUAGAUUUCUUCAUAUCCUGACUUAUAAAACAUUAUUGCUCACCUCUUCUUAGUGAAGUUAAGACAAGUAUAGGCCUUUUAUAAAGAGUACCAUUUUUCCAAGGGGCUGCUUUGUUUAAAGAGUUGUGGGAUCAUUUCACCAUGCACAUUUCAAAGCUGGGAUGAUUUCAUUUGUUCCCCAAAAUUUAAAAAAAAAGUUGCUCAGUUAUGUUGCUAUUUAUGAAGUCAGUGUGCCCCCUCCAAGCCCAUAUUUUGGUUAUAGGGAAAUUAUGCUACCCUUGACUUUCACCUGAUUCAUACAGAAUUAAAAAAAAAUACAUUCCUGUAUUUUGAGUUUUGUCAUUUUACUAAACAUUCAUUACUGAAGUAUCUGGUGGUCUAAAGUAGUCAAAACUAGAGUUGUUAUUAAAUGCUCCAAUCAUAUUUAUUUUUAAUAUUAAAAAAUCAUGUAGUUGGAAAUAUGUCACAACAACUUCUGAUAAUACAUCUGAAUUUAUAGUUGUCUUUGAAGCCUCAUUCAUCUUAGAAAUACUCAAGACCUGGAAAAGCUUUGUAUGUUGUUCUUUUUACAGUUGUAUUUUUGCAGCCUCUCCCAGUUUCAUUCACUCUUGCUUUAUGGAUUUUUAAAAAUCUGCAUAUUUCUUGUACAUAUGCAUGCAAAUGAAAGAAGGGAGGUUGUACUGGUGCCAUUUCUCCCUUCAGUUACUGGUUAAUGGGAUUUGCUAGAAUAAAUUCCCCCUGAUUGAAGGGUGAAAACAGACCCUUUUGUGUAUAUCUGUACAGAGAUGUGUAUAUGGGAUGUGGUGGCACUUUGCUGAAUGUGAACUUGCCUUGUCAAUGGAAAGAUUGAGAAGUAUUACGUUUAUUUAUACAUUUGUAUAAAUCUAUAUAUACACGUAUGUAUAUGUGUGUGUAUAGAUAAAGCUAUAUACAUAUAUUUCCCUAAAAAAUGUGUGUGUAUAAUAGAUAAACAGCCUUUGUUAAGCAAGAUUAUACAUGUCUAUGGAAAAUUCUGGAUUAUUCUAUACGCAAGAGGAGGUGACAGAGUAAUCGUAGGAGCAUACAGAGAUGGAAGUCCUUUGGAUGACAGUCUUGUUUAUGAAUUCCUGUUAGAACUGUUCUUACUUGCCAGUUCCAUACUCUUUGUCUUCAUGACUUUCUAAGUCAAUCAUUUAAAAAUCACGCUUCAUUGUGUUUAUUCCCUUUUAUUAUGUCCUUUCUAGCCAGAAUAAUUUGGCUUAACCAUAUUUCAUUAACUUUUCAGUUUGUUUUUUUUUAAGAUCCUUAACUCUGAAAUUUCUCAGAAGUUACAAGUUUUGGUAAUAUUUUCUAUAGUAAUUUUGAGAACUGGGCAUCCUCUUUGUCUCAGAAACAACCAACCAACAAACAAAAAAACCAACAUUCUAACAGAACUAAUUUGAAAGUUUUACCUAGGUAAUUUGGGGAUGUUUUACUUAAACUGAAAAAAAAAACCCUUAAUUAUGAUUUUAUGAUUGACGUUAGCGUUAGGUUUAUUUUGUUGUUUAUUGUCAUUAAUUUGUCAUUUAAAACAUUUGGUCUAUUUUGUGACCUAGUCAUAAAUUUACCAUUUUCAUUUCAACAGAAAGCCUCUUGAAUUCUAUAACUCAUUUUACUCAUGAUGAAACGGCUUUAAUGAAUUCUUGUACAAUGAAUUCUGCUAUAUUUCCUCUUGACUUUUCUGACAUUUGUGACAUUCUGUUUUAACUUUGCUGCAGCUCUCUAGAAAACUUGCAUCCCUAUAUAUUGUGCCUUUAAAGCUUUUAUGCACACACAGGUCAAAGUGUAUAUAUACAUGUUGGAGCAUGUGUACAUAUACUUUCACAUAUACUCGCACAGUAUGUCUCUAGUAUAUAUUGUGGGAGUGGAUAUAUAGAUAUUCAAAGACAACGAAAUGUUGCUCUCUAGAUAUAUAUGUAUAUAAAUAGUGUUGAUAUACUGUAUAUACACAUGUAUAUGUAUGAGUUUUAAAUGGCAAUCUUUUACAUUUAGCAAAAUGCUGCCCCUACUGGAAUAUUGUCACUGCAAUGGCAGUUGUAUGUAAUGAUUUAAAAUACAUUAUCAAAAGUUAUUUAAAGAACAUUUAAAAGUCUCAUCUAAAGACAUCCACACAUUAUUUAUUUAUCUUCCUCUUCCUUUUAUUGUUAUGUUUUUUUUUUUAACUGAAAGGGAGACUGUCAUCUUAAAAAUGCCAUCUGUCCCAUGGGAGAAAGAGAGAGCUGGAGAUUCACUUGAGGAGCCCUGUUUGUUCUCCUCCCUCUGAAGUGGAGAAGUGCCACAAACCAGCCUGUUUAUUUCAGUUGUAAAGCAAUCCUAAUAUCCGCAUCAGUGUAUGUCAUCCACCAUCUCCUAGAUCAACUUAAUUCACCAGUUUGCCUCUUCCUUUCAUUAAUAAAUAAUGGUCAUUGAGAUCAUUCUGCCUGGGGGAAGUUAACUACUCUCUAGCUGCAGGGAAAUAUAUCACCUAAUUGUUAUUCUGCCUUGUUCAAAAUUCAACUUUGAGAGAAGGCAGCUCUCUCAUGAAGCUGUCUUGAGCAUGUUUUGCGUUUAUUUAGUUAAAGGUCUUCCCAGACUUUUUUUUUCUUUUAAGAACUCUAAAUCUGCAGGCACUUGGCAUAAAUUUAAUUCUUACUCCCCACAGCUUCAGGUAUUUUUAUUAGAAUAUCAAUUUGACACACUGAAUGAAAGAAUAUUAAGGAAAAACUUAAAUAUUUUAUUUUGGAGAGUUAGCAGCAGAGUGCAUUUUAAGACUUUACAGAGAGAAAAACAAAGACAGACAAUCCCAAACCAAAAGAUACUAGCAAAAACAACAACAACAAAAACAGGAGGAGUAAGAGUACCCCUGAAGAGUCAAAUAGAGAGGUUGGGGUUUGAGGGAUUUCACACAGUAGCUUAGCUGAAACUUGAUAUCAGAAGCAGCCUUUAACAAAAACAUCUUGGCAGUUGUGUGGUACUAACCGGAGUACUGAAGUAUAGACUGAAACCAAGUUGCAGUGGGAAAUCAAAGGUGAGGUAGUUUAUUGGAAACCAGUAAAGGACAGGUUGCACAGUUCUGAAAUCUCUUCUAACAAAGUAACUGCACGGUAGCAAGGACUAGCCGUUCUCAAAGCCCUUCUGUUUCAGUGUUCUCCUUCACCUUGGCACACAAGUAUGUUUAACAGGCCAUACAUUAAAAAUAUUUACAAAAAAAAAAAAAAAAA